AGAUGCACUGGGGGACGGGCGGCCUCAGGAACCAUCCUCCUCCGUAUCUUUAUCUUUCUUUGCAAAUAAAAGUCAAAUCAUAACGAGCUAAAGCAACCCACCUUCCUCACCUAUAAGCUGGAACAUUAUUAUCAAAUAUCUCUAUUUUCUUUUCCCAAAAUUCAAGGGUUUCUUUAAUUCCCAUAUCUUAAUUCUUUCAAGUUCAUCGGCUUCGUUGUCGUCGUUUCCUUCUCCAAUUCUCCUCUGGCUCAGGUGGGGUUUUCUUUUGAAUCAAGGGGUUUCCAAAAAAGUCUUUGAGGGGUUCGGAGACGGAUUUGGGUAUGGCGUCGUCGUCGAGCUCCGGUGUUACUGGAUCUACUGAUUCAACAACUGCAAGAAGACAGACCAAGCGACCCAAGUAUUCAAAGUUUACACAACAAGAACUUCCAGCAUGCAAGCCAAUUCUUACACCAAAAGCGGUUAUUUCAGCAUUCUUGUUCGUCAGUGUUGUCUUCAUUCCUAUUGGAGUUGCUUCCCUAUUUGCUUCACGAGAUGUUGUUGAAAUUAUUGAUAGGUAUGAGUCUGCGUGCGUGCCAAGUAAUUAUACUGACAAGGUAGCUUUCAUCCAGAGCUCUGCAGACAAAACAUGCAACCGGACUCUAACAGUGAAAAAGCGUAUGAAAUCACCUAUUUAUGUUUACUACCAGCUGGACAACUUCUACCAGAAUCAUCGAAGGUAUGUUAAAAGCCGAAGUGAUGUGCAGUUAAGAGAUCCUAAAAAACAGAGCUCUGUAAGUGAUUGUAAGCCGGAAGACAUGUUUAACGGAUCAGCAAUUGUGCCUUGUGGUCUUAUAGCCUGGAGUUUGUUCAACGACACAUAUAGCUUCUCCUUGAACAGCAGGAAUUUGACUGUGAAUAAGAAAGGCAUCUCUUGGAAGAGUGACAGAGACCACAAAUUUGGAAAUGAUGUUUUCCCGAAAAACUUCCCCAAUAACUUCAAGAAUACGAGUGCUCUUAUAGGUGGUGCGAGUCUUAAUGAAUCUAUACCAUUAAGUGAGCAGGAAGAUCUUAUUGUGUGGAUGCGGACUGCUGCACUGCCAACUUUUAGGAAGUUGUAUGGAAAGAUAGAGACAGAUCUGAAUCCUGGUGACUCCAUUCAAGUGAUAUUGGAAAACAACUACAACACAUAUAGUUUUAAUGGGAAAAAGAAGCUUGUGCUGUCAACUACUAGCUGGCUUGGUGGAAAGAAUGACUUCCUUGGUAUCGCUUAUCUCACCGUUGGAGGGUUGUGCUUCUUCUUGGCUUUGUCUUUCACCAUUGUAUAUUUUAUCAAGCCAAGGCAACUUGGAGAUCCUUCAUAUUUAUCUUGGAAUAGAAAUCCAGGAGGGCACUAAGCCAGAGAAACUGUGCUUGGUUGAACUUUCAAGGCUCCAAGGCGCUAGGGUCUUUUUACUUUGGCUGGUGUAAUUUUGUAUAUCUAUAUUACCAAUGUGUACUAGUCACUCUUAAGAAAUUACACUGUAUUUUUUCUCUUUCUUACAUUAUAAUUUUGCUUGUAUGUGUAGAAAAUGGAAUUCGAUGUGGUUAUAGUCGCUUCUGAUACAACUUGGGAAAACAUGAGUCCUUUGGAUGAUUCA